AUGUUAAUUCAAAUUGAUAAACCGAAAAAAUCAAAAUCAAAUAGUGACUAUGAAAAUUUAAUUAAAAUACGGAGACAACGUCAUUUAAAAUUGAAAUUCAAAGACAUAGAUAUAUGUAAAGAGAUAUCCAAACCAAAUGAUAAUAAUAAUAAUAAUAAUAAUAAUAAUAAUAAUAAUAAUAAUAAUAAUAAUAAUAAUAAUAAUAAUAAUAAUAAAUAUUUAUGUAUUUAUCAGAUCAGAUUAAAUUCUCUCGAUCGUCUGUAA